GAAAAUUCAGUGAAAACCUGGACGCUGUUGCGGCUGUGGAGCGCGUCAAUGCCGCCUUCCGAGACAGGACACAGCCGUGGCACAGGUGUUUUCGUUCGCUCUACAUUCAAGCAGCGAACUUGACCGCUGCUGAGGAUAUUUACGACUCCCGCGGCUACGCUGUGCGCAAGGAUUGGGUCCACGGCCCAAACAAGGUUUUCAGAUUCUUAGCUGCAGAGAAGCCACAGAAAUGA